UAAGGCUGGACCAAAUCACAAGAUUAGAAAGUUAAGGUAAGUGCCGUCUCGAACAUAUCACAAGAUUAUAGUUCAGAAUCUGUCGUGAUAUUUUAAAUUUGUGACUUUGGAAACUUCGCUCGAAACACUUGACAAACAUGGAUGUUUUAUCGGUUUUAAACACAAUUAACAUAGUUAUCAUCGCCAUUGGAAUAGCGUGUAACGGAUCUGUUUUAUUGAUAAUCAUAUCUGGUAAGGUUAACAGUAGCCCAAGGAACUAUUUACUCGCAAAUAUUGCUUUAGGAGACUUAUUCCUACUUGUAACAUCUGGUUUGCUUUCUGUUCUCAUAGAUUAUGAAGUACUUAAUAAUUUUGACAAAAUAGUCUGUCUUAGCACGAACGCUUCAAUUGUAAUAAGCCAAGGAGUAGCAGUUUUAACUUUAAUGUCGCUGAGUAUGGAUCGCUUCCUAGCAAUCGUACAUCCAUUUGCUAUUCUACGUCUGCGCCCUGGCAAGAUAUACGGAACCGUAAUUGUUCUGAUCUGGAUUAUUUCUCUAGUUGUUGCAACUCCGAUAUUUUUCCUUGGCAAUGCCGACAAGGCAAUUAAUAAUAGUUACUGUCACUACGUGCCUGAAUACACGCGACCGGGUAGGAUUUACGACUGCGUCCGCGCCGCUCUCUUUUACGUAUUGCCUCUCUCAGUGAUAGGCGUUUCGUAUGUUCUUAUGGCGCACCGUAUAUUCAGAAGUACAGCAUUUGCUAAGAGGUCGUCCAACAGCAGUAGACGCGUUCAGAAGGAACGACAAAAACUUGGAAUACUUGUCUUAGCUAUUGUAGUACUGUUCGCUGUGUGUUGGGCUCCCGCGACGUUUUACAGCAUCUACAAACACUACAAAUUUGUAAAUGUUGAAUUGUACUUUUUUUUGGAAAGUAUUCACCUAAAAGAGUGGCGCUCUACCUUGAUCUUCAUCAACGCCUGUACAAAUCCUAUAAUACUUUAUUUAAUGAGUAAAUCGUACAGAGAAGGCUUCGUGAAAUUGGUUUCCUGGAAAACCAGAAGCAGCUCCAGGUUCACCAGCAUACAAACUAGUUUAUCUUCAAUUAGAUCCAGACAUUUUAUUCGAAUCAAAGAGGGACAUGAGUUGUCGCAACUAGGGGAGAAAACAACGCCUAAUGACACUGACGGUGAUGCCUAGAAGUUGGGUGGGGUGGUUGUAUUAUGUGCAUUGUGAAACAAGUCAUAGGCCAGAUGCGGAAGAUUCAAAUAAUGGACGGGUUGCUUACUUCAUGUCUCGAAUCGCCUGAUCAGAACGAAUGUUCCUCGAUAAAAAAUUAGGACUGCAGUAUCAAGAGAUCAGCAAAGCAAUGGUGGCGCCAACCGCGGGGUCAAGUAGACAUUUCCUUACACCUUUGGACAUACAUGGACUCUGUGUCGUGAGGCAUCGCAGAAGUGUCGUCGGAUCGAGUAAAAUAUUGAUUUUUUUUGUGACCGCCAAUCCCAACAGCUGUGUUGUCUAAAAGCACAGUGAGCCAUCCUAAACGACCCCUUACAAGCUAAUAGGUUCGGACUCCAUGUCGGUAAAUAUAUGGAACCACCUCUGACAGAAGGUCCAAUGGUGUAUUAAUUUGGUAGGCCUUUACAGACUUUUAUUACGUUUGGCUACUGGUGGGAUGCUAAAAUUAUACAAACCUUGUUAACAUGCAUUUAGGCAGAAUUGUAAUAAACUGUCAUGCAGAAAUAUUCCAUAACAUUACCACCAGUUGAUAAUGACGACGACGCCCGCCGAUUAUGACCACGACGACGACGCCGAUUACGAUAACGAACGACGUCAACGUCAACGACGAUGAUGAUGACGACGACGAUGAUGAUGACAACACCAAUUACGAGGAUACCUCUGCCCCGGUCGAUGAUGAUAAGAUGAUGAUCAUGACAACGAUGAAGGUGUGAGGUCGAAGAAAUCAAAUAAAAAUUGUUAUGAUGACCUACGACUUCGUCUACGAUAUCACAGCCUCCUACUACACUUUUUUUUUUAUAAGAACCAAUAAAUUUUUGCCCAGGCUCAGUGUUCUUAUUUUUUGGCCUAUUUCAAGCUCAAAAUGUUCUUAUUUUACACACUUUUCAAACUUCAAAGUAUUACAGUAUAUAAGUCGCCCUGGUAAAAAAUGGCCUGAGAAAAAAGGCUCUGCUAAAAAUGGCUCCAACUGACAGGAGGUACAUCUACUGUACUGUAUUAUGAGAGUAUUAUAAUAAUCACACUGAACUUAAGGCAUAAAUAGGCUAGGCCUAUAAUUUUUGGUUUUUUUGAAUAAAAAUUUCAUUUAACAUUUUACCUGAGC